AUGCAAUGUAGUCGUACGUAGUAAGAAGCCAUCUGAUUGGCCGACGCGCAAACGCCGUCUAGACCGCAACACCAUUUCUUUACCUACACUGAAAUGAAUGCAUCAAUCUUAUGGAUCUCCUAUUCGUGCUCCCAGACUUCUCGACAAAACAAUACACACACAUCCUCCCACCGCUCGAACGAAAGCACAUCACGACAGCCGACCUGAUCACGCUCGACACGCUUGAACUCGCCAAACGCGCGCAUGUUCCCCCCGCCGAUGUGCGUAGACUAAGCGCGGAUGUUGUAGCUGCCUUACACGCCUCUGUGGGCAUUCACACAGACGAAAAGGACGAUCACAGGGCAGAAAGAAUAGAUCUGUCGCAAUGGCGCGCCAUCAGCACCCUGGAUCCCACGCUCGACGAGCUGCUCGGCGGGGGGAUACCGACGGGGUAUCUCACUGAGAUCACUGGCGAGAGUGGAAGCGGCAAGACCCAAUUCCUCCUCAACCUUCUCCUCACCACACAACUGCCUCCGCCAAACGGCAUCGCGAAAAAUGCCAUAUACAUAUCGACCGAAGCGCCGUUGUCAACACCACGCCUAUCCCAGCUUCUCGCAAACCACCCAUACCUCGCAAAUCUUGAAGAUCUGCCCUCCCUCACCAACAUCCUCGCCAUCACCGCCGUCGACCUGGAAACCCAAGACCAUAUCCUCAACUACCAACUCCCCGUCGCCAUAUCGCGCUUCAACGUCGGGCUGGUAGUUAUCGACUCCAUCACAGCCAACUACCGCGCCGAACACGCCUCGAACAGCAUGCACGGUCUAUCCGUGCGGUCGGGCGAGCUGGCGAAAUUGGGGCAUAUGCUGCGCAACCUCGCGGCGAGGGAGAAUAUCGCCGUUGUUGUCGCAAACCAGGUAUCGGAUAGAUUCGACUUCUUUGAUGGGCAGCAACAAACACAAGCACAAGCACGAUUCCGACAGACCGCGCUGCGGGAGGGCACUGGCACUGGCACCGGCACGCCGAGAAAAAAUAAUGUACUGGGUGAUAUCCUACCAUCAUCAUCCCCGGCCCCGUCUAGCUCGCAGUUGAUCGAAGACGACUCCUUCGACGGGUCCUAUAUAAUCGGGCAUCCCGUGCGCAACGAGACACUGGCCCUCGCGCACCAGGAACGGUUUUUCACAGGAUGGGGGGAUAAUCCAGAGUCCUUGUCGGAGUCGCAAAAGACGCCUGCGUUGGGUCUGGUCUGGUCGACGCAGGUUGCGUGUCGAAUCGUGUUGAAAAAGGACGGGGAGGUCAUAGACAGAGACUCUACGCAUGCGUCUUCUCAACCUGCACAGCACCGGAGUGAAAUAUCGAGUAUACCUAGCACCCCAAACAACGCUGAAAAGGAGACCAAAGCUACCAACGCAGCCCCACCGCAGUCCUCCCAGCCUGGUACUGGUAGUACUGGUACAGAGGGGCGCGGUGCAGAGCGCAUCACCAGGCGGCGGAUGAAACUGGUGUAUGCGCCAUGGGCCUCUGGGAUAGUUGGGCAGGGUGCUGCUCGCGACGAAAUCGAGUUCGAGAUUUGGAAAGGCGGGAUACGCAGUAUCAAUACAAUACUAUCAAAUAAUGAAAUUAAAAACUGAGUAGAAUAGAUUUGUACAUAUGCAUGAAGGAAAAAAAUAUAAUAUAUAAUCUAGAAUA